UAUGUGUAUAUAUAGAUUUUAAAAGAUGAUAUGUACACAAUAGUUCUGGUGAUUUCCAAGGCCAAGCAAACCUUGAAGCACUGCUGCUGAUUAAGAAGAUAUAUACAUGGAGAUAACAGCUUAUAAGCCUUAUAUCGAUGCAGAGUUUGAAUCCCUCAUGGAAAGAAUUUAUCCUCCAAGAGUUUGCGUAGACAAUGAAACAUACCAAGAUUGCACUCUUAUUAAGGUUGACAGUGCAAACAAGCAGGGGAUUCUAUUAGAGAUGGUCCAAGUCUUGACAGAUCUUGACCUUGUUAUAUCCAAAUCAUAUAUUUCCUCUGAUGGGGGGUGGUUCAUGGAAGUGUUCCACGUGACUGACCAGCUUGGGAGCAAACUCACUGACGAUAGCCUCAUACUUUACAUUCAGCAGGCACUGUGUGUAGAUAGGAGAAGAGGGGUAUCGAAGGAAUCGCAAACUUCUCUCCACAGAGAAGUGAGGCCACCAUACGCGUCAACAGAUCACACGGCCAUGGAGAUAACUGGGACUGACCGACCAGGUCUGCUCUCCGAAAUAUCAGCGGUGCUUUCCAAGUUGGAGUGCCAUGUCACGGCUUCCGCGGUAUGGACCCACAAUAAUAGAGCAGCUUCCAUAAUCUACAUGGAAGAUGGGUUCCAAGGAGGACCCAUCACAGAUCCAAAGAGACUAGCACAUGUGCAAGAGCAGUUGGAGAAUGUUGUGGAGGCUCAUCAUGGGGUGGGGGAGAGGAGGAGCGUGCUACUGACGGCUCCAGCACCAGGACAAAAGACCCACACGGGGCGGAGGCUCCACCAGUUGAUGUACGCCAACAUGGACUACGAACCAUGUCAGGGAUGCAAUGGAGGGGGUUUAGCACAUAGAAAUAACUGUACUAAAAUUCACGUAUCUAUUGAAUCUUGUAAGGAGAAGGGGUACUCUGUGGUGAAUGUCAGGAGUAGAGACAGGCCCAAACUCUUGUUUGAUACACUCUGCGCUCUAACUGAUAUGCAGUAUGUUGUGUUCCAUGCUGCGGUUAGCGCCAAGGGAACCAUGGCCGAUCAGGAGUACUUCAUUCGGCAGCAGGAUGGGUGCACUUUGGACACAGAGAGCGAAAGGCAUAAACUAACCCAAUGCUUGAUUGCUGCCAUUGAGCGCAGAGUAUCCCAUGGAGUGAGGCUGGACAUUUGCACUCACAACCGAAUGGGACUCCUCUCGAAUGUGACACGGGCGUUCCGAGAGAAUGGGCUAUCAAUCUCAAGGGCUGAGAUUGGAACAAAUGGUGAUAGGGCAGUUGGUUCCUUCUAUGUUACUGAUGCUUCAGGAUAUGAAGCAAAUCCACAAGCAAUAGAUGAGGUAAAAAAAGAGAUGGGAGGAUCUGUAGUGGUAGUUAACAAAUCACCAGGCUGGACACCAAAAACCUCCAAAACUCCCUCGGUAGGUAGUAUUAGCAGAAAUAGCAGCGGCAGCAUAGAUGAAGAAAAGCCACGGCUCUCUCCAGGAAGCCUUUUCUGGUCACAGCUUAAGAGGCUUUCAAGCAAUUUCAGCUCCAUACGAUCAUGAGUAUUUCAUCUUCCUAGCUCAGUAGCAUCCACUGUAAUGAUCAAUCAUGAGCAUAUAGCAUUUACCUCCAAGGAAUCAAAGGAAUUAUUCUUAGUAAACAUCUCGUCACUUCUAUUUUCCAGGUUGCAAUAUCUCAGAAUUGUUCUCAAAUUCAAUUGUUUCUAGAGUAAAUUAUACGUUAGUCCCAUCUCUUUAGUAAAAUCAAUGAGCUUGUCUCUUUAAUAUAACUUAGCCAUUGCCCCA